AUGCCACAAGGCGGAACGGCGGUAGAAGCUGCAGCACAACACGGCCACCUGGAGAUUGUACGACUGCUUGGGAGUUGUGGGGCUGAGCUUGAUGUUCAAAGUAACACCAGCUAUACUCCUCUCAUCGCUGCGGCUGGGCAUGGCCACGCUGACGUUUGCCAGUUCUUGAUCAAGCGCAAAGUGAGACUGACGUCUCAGACUGUGGACGGGCACACCGCUUUGCAUCUUGCCGUGGCCAGACGCAGCCAACCAGUAGUCGAAGUGCUUGUCAGAGCUGGCAUGGAUAUCACCAUCACGGACAACGAAGGGCUCACGGCGAUACACUUGGCAGCUAGAAAUGGCGACUUCGAAGUGGUUGAGUAUCUC